GCAAGAGCCUAGCGGGCUCUAGACCUACGCGGCCGUCCUUCGUUGCCACCGCCACCCUCAGAGGAGCUGUCGCGGUCGCCCCCUUGGUCACCAUGUCCGCCCAGGCGCAGAUGCGGGCCCUGCUGGACCAGCUGAUGGGCACGGCUCGGGACGGUUCAGUGUAUCUUUGCCUGCCUACAUCAAUCUGCAAGGGAGUUGCAGAAAAGCCUCAUGUUCAUCGAGCCGUGAGUCACAACCAAUUUCUAAGCUGUUAUAACAAAAAAGUGUUUGCUUUUUUUCACAAGUAACUUUAAAAGUGUAGUUUAGAAAGAAAACAUUUUCAAUAAAAAGACACUACAUUAAUCCUGGAUGCUUGCAAAUCCUAAAAUAUAUUCCUCCUUGACUAUUACACAACUCUGUGUCCUAUGCACAGAUUAGCUUUAAAAUUUGUCACAUACCACUUUGCCUUUACUUUUAUGUAUCAUUCCCCCUGACUUCCUUACUGCAGGUAUGGGCAAGAAAACUUUUCCUUUAAAACUUUUCAACAGCGGGCAUAAAAUUCUGCAGCUGAGGUCUUGAAGAAUGCAGAUGGGUACAGUAUGUGUUGGCGCUCACAGUGUGUAUUGACUAACCUAGUUCCUUUUUGCUUCUUUUGGUAUUGUCUUGUUAAAAGUGACUCCCAGGUGCCAACUUUCUUUUUUAAGGGUGGGAAUGAAAGGGGAAUGAGAAGAAUAGGUCUAGAUUAUUUAAGAGUCAGUGAUAAGAAUUUGAAACCUUUCUUCUUUAUGUAAAUUUGGGCAAACCACCUCUUAUGUGUUUCUCCAUAACAAAAAGAUUAAGCUAAUUAGUAACUUUUGUUGGUGGAAAUUAUUAGCUAUAAGUCACACAGUUGAUUGAUGGCACUCACUGAUGUCUCACUGCCCACAUAUAUAUGUUGGACAAUGGCCUUUUGGUGCUCAACCUUUUACUUCUGACUCUUUGACUUCUUUGGCACAAUGAUGGAGUCAGAUAUCAUUGUGAUUCUUCAUGGUAUAUUUAGCCUCCAAAAAAAAAAAAAUCUGUGUUCUCCUUGCUCCAGUUGUAAAUGUCUUUAGAUCAGCUUUUCAGUGUAUGUGAUGGGGAAAACACAGAAAUGAUAGUCUGCAAAUAAUCCAGGUGAAUUGUUGUACCAGAUAUCCUUUUGUGGUUAACCUGAUAAUAUUGUCUUAUUUAAAACCACAAAUGAAUUUCAGGAGACGAAACCAGACAGAGGGUCAAGUUUACAGAUGAUCGCGUCUGCAAGAGUCACCUUCUGGACUGCUGCCCCCAUGACAUCCUGGCUGGGACGAAAAUAUUUCUUCAUGGUGAAUCAUGGCUUCUGUUAUUACCAUUGUGUUGGGGGCACAUCUGCUGAGGAACUGCUCAGCUACAUUAAGUCUUCGAGACUGGCAUUUCUGGCCGCAGACAUGAAAUGAACGCCAAACCUGUGCUGGUUGCAGUCUAACCCAGGCGCAUGGAUUUAGGAGAAUGUACCAAGAUCCACGACUUGGCCCUCCGAGCAGAUUAUGAGAUUGCAAGUAAAGAAAGAGAUCUGUUCUUUGAAUUGGAUGCAAUGGAUCACUUGGAGUCCUUUAUUGCAGAGUGUGAUCGGAGGACUGAGCUUGCCAAGAAACGGUUGGCAGAAACACAGGAGGAGAUCAGUGCAGAAGUUUCUGCAAAGGCAGAAAAAGUACACGAGUUGAAUGAAGAAAUAGGAAAACUCCUUGCUAAAGCUGAGCAGCUUGGAGCUGAAGGAAAUGUGGACGAAUCCCAGAAGAUUCUCAUGGAAGUGGAGAAAGUUCGCGCAAAGAAAAAAGAAGCUGAGGAAGAAUACAGGAAUUCCAUGCCUGCAUCCAGUUUCCAGCAGCAAAAGCUGCGUGUGUGUGAGGUCUGUUCUGCCUACCUGGGUCUCCAUGACAAUGACCGUCGCCUCGCAGACCACUUUGGGGGCAAGUUACACCUGGGUUUUAUUCAGAUCCGAGAGAAGCUUGAUCAGUUGAGGAAAACUGUGGCUGAAAAGCAGGAGAAGAGAAAUCAGGAUCGCUUGAGGAGACGAGAGGAGCGAGAGCGGGAGGAACGGCUGAGCAGGAGGUCUGGAUCCAGAACCAGAGACCGUAGGAGGUCACGCUCCCGAGAUCGGCGUCCUCGAAGGCGGUCAAGGUCUACCUCCCGAGACCGAAGGAAGUCUUCCCGGUCCCGGUCCCGAGACAGACACCGGCGCCAUCGCAGCCGUUCCCGGAGCCGCAGCCGGGGACAUCGCCGGGCUUCCAGGGACCGGAGUGCGAAAUACAAGUUCUCCAGAGAGCGUGCAUCAAGAGAAGAGCCCUGGGAGUGUGGGCGGAGUGAGCGUGGGUCUGCGGACUGGAGACUGGAGAGCUCCAACGGGAAGACGGCUUCACGGAGGUCAGAGGAGAAGGAGGCUGGCGAGCUCUGAGCCCGUGCUUUGGUUCCAUCGAGAGUCUGGGAAUACAGCACAGCCUAAGAGUGCCCUUUGUAUUUGCUGAACGUGACUCACCUUUUGUAGUUUGAAUUUCUAUUGUAUGGAGCUAGCUGUGAGUUCCUAGGUCGUGCAGAGUUGCUCCUGUAUUAUGGGUUAUGUUGUGUAGAAAUAAAUAAACCUGACUGCCUCCUGA